AUGCCUAUUGGAUUGAGGAGAAUAGCAUCCGGCCGAAACGGCCUCGGAGCUUUCAUUCUCCAAUGCAAGAAGAUGGACUUCCACUACUGCGACUGGGCAGGAAGCUCAAAAGGAAUGAACGGUUUCAUCAAGUCUCACCUCUCGAAAUUCGCCUCCCAGAACCCCGAAGUUGAAAUCACGGUAUCCCCCCGACCCGGGAAGCACCCGAUAAUCGUCGCCCACUACAUUAACGGCCGACAGAAGCCCGUGUGCGUACGGAACCUAGACUCUCUACAAGUGCUCAAGAAGGCGGAACUACUACGAGAUGCGAACGGCGAGAAGGUUAAGAAGGUCACUAAGCCUGUGUCGAGUAUCAACCCCAGCGUCAGAGGCGUGUGGAGCCCUUACCACGGAACGGGGAUGACGGUGUAG